CUGUCCCUUGUUGCCGUACACCAGGGUAUGUGCUGUUGGAGACUUGACUGAGAGAGAGAGAGAGAACUCCCAUGCCAUCUCCUGCCAACCCGCAGCGCCCCUCCAACCGUGGGGGAGGCCCCAAAACAUCGCCCACCAAACAGAAACCGCUGGACAUCGGGGUCCCCCUGGGCAUCUACGACACCAAUUCCGUGCGAUCCAAGGUCCGCAUCUGGCAGCAGCAGGGAGGCGGGGUAAUUGCGGCCAACGAUGGCGUCUGCUACGACGACGACGACAACGAGAAUUCCGCCGCCGACUCCAAGUCCAAGCCGCCCGACGAUAAGGAUUCGGGCAGCUCCAAUGGCUCUGGCAGACGACGACGAGCCAAAAGCACACCCCGGAGACGCGUCAUCAGCGACGAGCAUUGGAAGCUGAACCGGACUGCCACCACCCAGAAGCCCGCCUCCACCAAAUUCCCUUCCCCCAACAAACGCAUCUCCGAGUAUACCACGAACGAACCCGUACGGUCUCCCCGAGCCGGAGAAGAUGACAGCGAGCGAGAUGACAAGCCGCGCCCUUCGCCCUCUCGUAGCAGGGAAAGGGGCAGGGGCGCCGUGGCAUCCGACCUUGCGACACGAGAGCGAAGGAAGUCGAGAGCACCCCGCGACGUCGACUCCAUACCAGAGGGCCGACUGGAAGAGGAGCGCGCGUCACACAAUGGGUCGUCCAAAAGUCUUUCGCGACCGACCACCGCAGACAAGGCCAAUGCAGGUGCGCGGCCGGAGACUGCAAAGAACAAGGAAGCGGUGCUGGAUGACGACUCCGAAUGGGCGACGAGCGAGGCCGACUUUUCCGAACUCUCGAGACGGCGUGCACGAGGCCCGAAUGCUGCAGUGAAAAGCCCUGCGCAUAAAGGACGAACGCCUUUGAAGCCCCCCAAGGGCGGCAUCUUCUCGCACAUGCUGGACGAGUCCAGAAAGAUGUUCACCAAACCGGAUCCCCCAAAGGCCGCUCCACCGCGGGGCGCCAAAAUCCAGGCAUGGCUUUCGGAAACCCCGGAUCCGUUCGUCGAUGAUAUGGAGUCUGACGUUGAGAUACCUGCACCAUUGAAUACCAGGGCAGGCAGGAAGAAGUCCCCUGCGCAAGGAGAGGAUAUUGUUGGGAGCGACGCUGAUCCUGCAGAUGGCGGGACACCGAAGAAAGAUGCGACGAGACGCCAUGCGAGAAGUAAGGAAGGCUCGUCUGGAAGCGAACGAAUGGAGCCCAAGGAGGAGAAAGUAACCCCAGAGCCUCCCAAGGAUCCGGCGUCCUCGACCAAGAAGAAGGAGCCUGCCAAAGCUGACGAACUUCCCAUACGAGAAAGAGCCCGCGAGAGCAAGGACAGUGCAUCCGAGACGGGGACGCAGCCAUUAUCGGAGGGCUCUGAAGUGUCUGCAAGCAAUGCGCCCGAACCACUUGGUCGACGAAGGCCAUUUCCCAGCACGGGCGCGCAUUCUCUCUCAACCAUCGCCUCUGUCGAAACAAUGAGCACCACCACCGAUUUCCCGACACCUGGCACGGCUGACCCAACAUCAACCCAGGAGAAGCUGGACGAGGAGGAGAAGAGGGACCAGUUCGACCCCGAUUCGCUCCCCGUGGUUUCUUCUCAGCUCAAGAGACGCCUCACCACCCAUGACGAUCUGAUAUCGGUCUUGUCGUCUCCAAGCACCCGGAGCAGGAGCCUCCGAUCGGCCCGAAGCCUGAAGUCGAAGGAUCGAGUCAAGACCGAGUCUAUUCCGGAUAUCCUCAAGGAACUAGCGGCCGAUGAGGUCAAAUAUAUGCGCGAGCUCAAGACCCUGGUUGGUGGUGUGAUUCCCGUUCUGUUGACUUGCGUGCUGUCCAAGUCCGACUCGGCGAUCGCGGCUGGGCUUUUUCGUCCUUCCGCCGACCCGAAGGAUGAGAUAAACUUCAGCAAGCCGAUCGUGGAUAUGGGGGUGGCUAUCGAGCGAUUGAAGACUCUGCACAAGCGAAUUCCGCAGGAAAACGUGGAUUUGUUGCUCAACUGGGCGAAUGGCGCACAGAGGGUGUAUCGGGAAUACCUCAAAGCCUGGAGAUUGGGCUUCAAGGAUGUGAUUGUCAACCUCGCUCCCCUUGAAGAAGGCGAGGGCAUUGAUAAUACCGACACGAAGAGCUUAGACGAGGGCAUGGCUAGGGAUGAGAACGGGGAUGUCGUGGACAGUGACGGCGAGAAGGUUGAUGUCGCAUAUCUCUUGAAGCGGCCCCUCGUUCGUCUAAAGUACCUAGCCAAGACGUUCAAGGCAAUCAAGACGCUCCAGUCGUCUCCCAAAGCCGAAGAAACGGCUGCAGCAUACCAAAGCCUUGUCACGGAGGCCCGCCGGCGGGCCCGUGAAGAGAGAGCAAGGCUCGAGGAUGAAUCUGCGGCCUGCAUCGAUGCCACUCGUGCUAGAGAUCCUGCGACCCUGGGAGCGCUCAUUGGAGGCGCUGGAGUUACCGUCGACAGAAGUAAACGCGUUCGGGCCCGAGAUUUCUUCGACCUGUCCCUGUACCACACCAGUGGGCAGAUCAUCGACUGUCGGACCGAGCUUCUGCUGCGAGACAGCACAGCCGGGAACAAAGCAGGGGGGGAUUUACUGAUCUGUGAGAUUGACCAGACCGAUCGUUGGCUGCUGUUCCCUCCCAUGGAGCUCGGGCGUGUCUCUGCUCGCAACGGUGACAAGAAGGGCGAGCUCGUGGUCAUGCUACGAAGUGCCCCGGACCAGGCGAAACCAUGGAAAGAACUGCUCGUGCUCCAGAUUGACGAAGACGAGAUCGGAAAGGAAUGGGUUCAGAUGUUGGGUACGACUCCUGUCCCACCGGUCAUUUGCCGCACCCAGAGCUUCAUCGACAGAGCCAAACGGCAACGAGCAAAGACAAUCUCGUCCGCCAACGAGAUCUCGCAGGCACAGAAGGCACCGCCCAGCCCUACGAAUGUCAAUGUUCCCAUCGGGGAGAAGGCGAAUGCCCGUGCCUUGAGACGUUCUUUGACGCCUCGCGAAAUGUCGGACCUGAGCGCGGUCGAAUCCUCAGCCACCGAGUCGCGCAGUUCGCUGCAAACCGCGAUAACGCCAGAGUCGGACUAUGCCACAGGGGAUGCGGAGUCGCCGGAAAAGUCCUCGCCACGAUCCCAUUCGAUCCUCCAUGCGAGAGCGCCACGGAAGAGCUUUACGGGCGACGAAAGGCCCGGCCUCAAACGGUCCAAGGCCAAACGGGUCUCGCGAUAUGGCGAGAUCGUUCCCUCAAGUCCUACUACGCCGACAGAUAAAGGCAGGGCCCGAGACCAUGAUGAGACCAAACGUCCCGAGGAGAGGAAGCCCAAGGUGUCGCAGAUUCCCAAGACACCCGUCCAAGAAAAAAGCUCUCCGCGGGUGUCUUCAGUGCCAUCAAUGGACCUCCCUGCUAUUCCCAAGCUGAGAAAGGGCAGCAGCCAGACAUACGUAUCCGACUCGCUCGCGUCUACGUCGGACGACGAAUACGCCGUGGACAGCAUCCCAGAGACCCCUACGAAAUACAAGAGACGCUCUCAGGACCACUCGGAUUCAGACCACACGAACGAGGAAGAGCCCCCGGCGCCACCACCGCACUCUCGGUCCCCGAGCUCUACCGGGUCGAGCCUCCCCAAUACCCCCGUCCUGAGUCCCAGUGCCGUGCGCCCUAAACGUCGGGGCUCUUCGCCUUUGAAACACGAAUACGAACCAUCCACGGCGUCGGACUCUGCUUCGGACUCGGAUACCUCGACUGUGCGCCGCUACGACGUUCACUCAGGGUCAGAAUACUCGGACUCUGACAGCUCGGACGAGUCUGCAGAUGAAUCUGCAGUUCCAGUUCCAGUUCCAGCUCCAGCUCCAGCUCCAGCUCCAGAGGUGCAGGCCCCUCCCAAGCACAAAGCCCGGGAGCCAGCCUCCAGCAGCUCCUUGUCGCUGUCCAAUUCCGCAUCGCAGGGUGGAUACCGGUCCGUUCCCUCGCAGCCCAGCAAAUCGUCCGCUGCCAUUGCCUCCGUAUUCGCCUGGUCCGACAAGGGCUCGUGGGACAGCAUUUUCCCCGACGACUGCAAGAUCCUGGUCAGCCCUGGCUUGAUCGAAGCAUACAACAUGGCCAAUGCGCCGUCUGGGCCGCAGGACGAGACCAGCGCAAGCCGAAUACGCCCGCUGAUUGCCCUCGAACUCACGCCGCUUGUGCCCAUCAGACGCGGCACGGCCAUCGACAUCAGCAUCCGGUCUCCGCCCACCAAGCGAUCGAAGAUCAACUGGAGCAACAACAUCAUGUUCCGCUCGCGCAACGCCGACGAAUGCGAAGUGCUGUACAACCUGAUCAACCACGCCCGCAUCAACAACCCCACCUACAUCGCCUUGCAAAACGCCCGUGGCCCAUACGCCGACCAACCCGCCCCCAUGGAAACCCCCAGCAAGGACGGCGGGCUCUUCGGCUGGCCGCGCCGCAGAAGAAGCUACCGGGCCUCGGGCUCGCCGCGCUCCAUCGCCGACAACUCCGACAGCAGCGUCGGGACCAUGAGCAGCGCCUUCUCGGCCCUGAAGCGCUUCGGCGCCGGAAGCAAGAUGUUCAACAUCUCCCGGUCGUCCCUCACCUCCCGCGACGGCCAAAACGAAGACAGCCUGUACUCCAGCUCCAUCGGAUCCGCAUCCAACCCCUCCUCCGGCAUCGGCCGCAUCGCAGCCGCCAUCAAGGGCGUCGACGGCAUCGGCCUCUCCAACGCCAAGAUCCGUCUCUACCUCCGCGAAACCCAGUCCAAGUGGCGCGAUAUGGGCGCCGCCAGGCUUACCAUCAUGCCCGUAUCGUCGGACCCCGCCAGCGGACCCGGCAGCACGGCCGACGGCCUCGAUGGAAGCGGCAGUCCCCCGGGCUCCGGAUCCGCUUCUCCCCGUCGCGGCAUCGAGCCCGAGAAACGCAUUCUCGUGCGCGGAAAGACCCGCAACGAGGUCCUGCUCGAUGUAUGUCUGGGCGAGAGCUCCUUUGAGCGCGUCGCCAGAACCGGCAUCGCGGUGUCGGUGUGGGAGGAGAACGAGGGCGGAGCCAUGCCCAAGAAAGGCGGCGUGACCGUGGGCUCUUCGCGGAUUUAUAUGAUCCAGAUGAAGAGCGAAGCUGAGGCGGCGUACACCUUUGGGCUUGUCGGGAAGUCCAAGUACUGAUUGAUUGAUUGAUUGAUCUAGAGGAUUGCAUUCGUCUGUCUGUCUAUCUUCUGUUUGAAUUCGCGACUUUUCUUUCUUUUCCCUUUUUUUUCCCCUUCACUUCUUUUUUACUUAUCGAUUUACCCCCAUGUCAUGUGGUUUCUAUUGUUCUUUCUUCAGCGUUUGCUACUGUUAUACUGUGAAAUUUCUUGCAGCAUUGACCUGUUUAUUCCCCUCCUUCCAUCCACCCUCGAGUGAUAUUGAUUAUUGAUUAUUGAUUAUUCAUUACUGAUUAUUUCAUGUAUAUUCAUACCCCCUUCCUGCUUAUUUUUAUUUCUUCUUUUUUUUCUCUCUAUUUCUCUUAACGUUGACACCUGAGUCCCGAGUAUGUUUAUCAUGAUGUCUAGAAGCUUUGCUAUGUGUAUAUGAAGAACAAGAAUAAGAACAAGACGAUGGUCAUGUGCGGCUGUUGUCUGCAGACUACUU